AUGGAUGGUUGUGUUUACUGUGGAGAGAAAGAAACAUCAGGUCACACUCUUUGGAAUUGCAGGGAGGCUGCUGAAGUGUGGAAGGAAUCGGGUAUCAAGAUCCCUCAUAGAGUUUCAGCGCAGAGAGACUUCAUUGAUAUUUUGUGGUUGAUGAGGGACCUGGGGAAACUGGCCAAAUCAGUAGCAAGGGAAGCUGCCAACUUUGUGGAAGAGUUUCGUCAAAGCAAUGACCCCAACGACACCAAUCACAGACCUGGGGGGCAGUAUAGGGAAACUUGGAGUCCCUCGAAACGUGGAUGGUUCAAGAUCAAUACAGAUGGUGCCGUGUACAAAGACACAGGGCAGAGCAGAAUUGGAGUGGUAGUUAGAAAUGAAAAAGGGCAACUGAUGGGAGCAAUGUCUAAGAAAAUUCUACUUCCGUUAGGUGCACUAGAGGUGGAAGCAAGAGCGGCAGAAGAAGGAAUUAUUUUUGCAAGGGAACUGGGACUUGGGGAAAUAAUAUCUGCCCUCGAGAAUCCUGAACACUCCCCAAGCUCAAUUCAGAAGAUUGUGGAAGGAGCCCAAACGAAACUAAAGGCAUUCAAGCAGUGGAAGACAAACCAUGUGCGUAGACACUGUAAUUUUGCAGCACACUUACUUGCUAGGCAUGCUUGUAAUAUUGAUGACUGUGUAAUAUGGGUUGAGGACACCCCACCCAUGAUUGCUGAUCAGAUCUGUAUGGAUAUUGUAUCUUCGGGUUUAGGCCCAGUUUAA